UUCAAUAAAAACGACCUCUUAUGAUGUUGAUCAGAAGAGACGAACUAUCGAGUAGUGGAUAUAAAGAUAUGGGAUGGAGGAGGCAUGGAGGAGGGAUGGAGGGACAAAGGGAGGAGUUGGUGGAAGUUCAUGUGCCAAUCUCUUGGCGUCGGGCCUAUGAGAACCCUGAGAUGCACUGAGAUGUACAUUCAGGAGGAGAUGAUAAUGUGGGACGUGGGCACCGCAACCAUCAACUCCACCGUUCCGUGCCGUAACCGAAUAAUGAUACCACCCGCAUUGGUGUGAAACCACCAUGGCCGUAUAUCCGCUUUGUGAAGGUGCCCCUCUCAAGAGUUACAUGGAAGCUGGAGCUUACAGCAAAGAAGUUUUGUAUUGUACCACAGCAUCGUGCAAUACGUAGUGACUACCUCCUAAGCAGGCAGCCCUAUAUAAGCAAACCUCCUCCCCCCGCGUCUUGCCCGAGAAUACAAGAACUAAACACCAAACACCAAACCCAUACCAACUUACACCCUCACGACAACUUCCCGAACACUUCGUCAAAAUGUCCAACUUCUACAUCUCUUCUGAAGACAUCCGCGUGGAUAACGGCCACAUCCUCAGAGCCCGCCUCCGAGCCGAAGACGGUAACAAUGUCGACAGCGAGAUCGACCUAAACCAGUUCAUCGGCAACGACAAUGGCCGCUUCGACUGGGGUGGUGUCAACUUCUCCGAGACCGCUAGAGAUAUUUCCUUCCAGAUCGAGGGAGGCGACAGCGUCCCGGUCCUACGAGCCGAGCUACAGAACCUCGACGGCGAGUGGGUUCGCGCCGACGUCAACCUCGGAGAGCGAAUCAGCAACGACAACGGCCAGUUCCGAUUCAUCUAGAGAGCCGUGAUGGCCUCCGCUGCCUCCCAACAAUACCGCGAAGAGUCGUUGGGCACGGUCCUGCCUCGGUUUGAGGUCUGAAAUUACACGCGAGUGAUAGCAAAUAAAUAUACCCAAAUAACCCAAGAUAGGCUUGGUAUCUACUACACUACUUCUGAGUUUUACGUGUGAUUAAAACCAUCGUGAAAGCUUGAAUGAUUA